AUGAUUGGUCACACGUAUAAUUGCGAAGGAUGUAAUCCGUUCGUUUACUCGACUGUUCACGAAUUUAAUGUCGAAAUGACGUGCACCGGUUGUUCAGGAGCGGUUGAGCGUGUGCUCGGCAAACUAAAAGAAAAAGUCGAAAAGGUCGAAAUCGACUUGGACAAUAAAAAAGUGUUCGUCACUUCAUCGAUGUCCGCAGACGAAUUGCUGGAAACGAUUAAGAAAACGGGAAAGGAAUCCAGCUACGUGGGUGUUAAGAACUGA